GUUUUACGGAAGAGUGUAGCAUGUUAACAGAUGUUGACAAUAUUAUCUGCGAGUUCAUGAAGUAAAUAACUGCGCGUUUUAGUCUUUAUCUGGUACGAGAGCUGGAGUGUUUGUAGAUUGUGUCUAAGAUGGGAAAGCCAAAAAAGAAGAGUGACUUGAGUCGUGCAGAACUGAUGAUGAUGACAAUAGCAGACGUCAUCAAGCAGUUGGUUGAGGCCCAUGAAGAAGGAAAAGAUAUUAAUCUGAACAAGGUCAAGACAAAGACCUCAGCUAAAUACGGCCUCUCCGCACAGCCACGGCUGGUGGACAUCAUUGCUGCAGUACCACCACACUAUCGCAGAGCAUUGGUACCAAAGUUGAAAGCCAAACCCAUCCGCACAGCCAGUGGGAUUGCAGUCGUUGCUGUGAUGUGCAAGCCUCAUCGCUGUCCUCACAUUAGUUUCACUGGCAACAUCUGUGUCUAUUGCCCUGGGGGUCCAGACUCCGAUUUUGAAUAUUCCACACAGUCAUACACAGGAUACGAGCCCACAUCAAUGAGAGCCAUCCGUGCACGAUACGAUCCCUACCUCCAGACUAGGCACCGAGUAGAACAGCUCAAGCAGCUGGGACACAGCGUGGAUAAAGUGGAGUUCAUUGUGAUGGGAGGCACAUUCAUGGCUCUGCCGGAGGAGUACAGGGACUAUUUCAUCCGUAACCUCCAUGACGCGCUGUCAGGACACACGUCUAACAACGUCACCGAAGCUGUCAGGUACUCCGAGCGCAGUAACACCAAAUGUGUGGGCAUCACGAUUGAGACCAGACCCGACUACUGUCUGAAGAGACACUUGAGUGACAUGCUGGGCUACGGUUGCACCAGACUGGAGAUCGGCGUACAGAGUGUUUAUGAGGAUGUUGCUCGGGAUACCAACAGAGGACACACAGUUCGGGCUGUGUGUGAGUCUUUCCACCUUGCUAAGGAUGCUGGAUUUAAAGUUGUUGCUCACAUGAUGCCAGACUUACCCAAUGUUGGCAUGGAAAGAGACGUGGAGCAGUUUAUAGAGUUUUUUGAGAACCCUGCCUUCAGGCCAGACGGGCUCAAGCUUUACCCUACACUGGUGAUACGAGGCACUGGACUGUAUGAGCUGUGGAAAACAGGCCGUUAUAAGAGCUACUCUCCCAGUGCCUUGGUGGACUUGGUAGCAAGAAUACUAGCGCUGGUUCCACCAUGGACUCGUGUGUAUCGUGUACAGAGGGAUAUCCCAAUGCCACUGGUGAGCUCUGGAGUGGAACAUGGCAAUCUGAGAGAACUGGCACUGGCCAGAAUGAAGGACAUGGGCACUGAGUGUAGAGAUGUAAGAACCAGAGAAGUGGGCAUCCAAGAGAUUCAUCACAAAGUUCGACCAUAUCAGGUCGAGCUGAUCCGCAGAGACUAUGUGGCUAAUGGAGGCUGGGAGACCUUUCUGUCUUAUGAGGACCCCGAGCAGGAUAUUUUAAUUGGUCUCCUGCGUCUCCGCCGAUGCUCUCCGCAGUCCUUCCGGCCUGAGUUGAAGGGUGGUGUAUCCAUAGUUCGGGAGCUGCAUGUCUACGGAAGUGUGGUUCCUGUCAGCAGCCGAGAUCCCAGCAAGUUCCAGCAUCAGGGUUUUGGAAUGAUGUUGAUGGAGGAGGCCGAGAGGAUAGCCAGAGAUGAGCACGGCUCCAGCAAAUUGGCUGUUAUCUCAGGUGUUGGAACGAGGAAUUACUACAGAAAAAUGGGUUAUGAACUGGAGGGGCCAUAUAUGGUGAAAAACCUUUACUGAAGCAAAGAGGAAUCCAACCAAGAUGCGUCAUAUUCCCUGGAGAAUAUCAUCAGACAUGCAGGACACUGAUUUUAAGGGGGAUCUUUACAUCCCACCUGUAAUUGGGCAUGGCUUUGGGACUAGUGUGUGUGUGGUCAGCACAAAGCAAAUGGCAACUAUUCCGUUACAUGCCAGCCAAAGAGUGUAUUCUGUACAAGUAUUAGUGCUUGUUAGAAAGGUACACUAUUAUUUUACCAAGGUUUUCUCUUAUAUACAUGCCAAUGCAUGUAAUUCUUUGGGAUAACACUCAUUUUUUUGGUCACAUUAUUUUUGGUUUCUAUUGACAACAUGGGGCAUAAUGGAAGAAAAGAGACUGCAUAGACUCUCCGUUAUCCCGUUAUGGAAGCACAUUUUUCAUGUGGAUUUGCAAGGAAGAAAUUAUUCAUGCUUUCAGCUUGGCACAUUUGACUAAUCCAUCGUUUAUCCUGUCCGGUUAAUUCUGAAGUUGGAUUAAUUGCAUUUUUAUGUUUUCUUGGCUUUGCAUGAAAAAACGUUCAUUUGGUCAUUUUUAUUGUUGUUAAUAAAAGAUAUUUAUCCAGGA